CUUUCCCAUUAAGAAAUUAAAGCUCCUGCAGAUGGAAAAUGAAAAGAAAAGCAGAGACUACUCUGAAGUCGUCUCGGCUUUAGCCCUUUCCACGUUGCCUUCCACUUGCAUGCUCAGUUAAAGCACAGCCAUGGAGCAGCUAGCUUUCUUCAAUAUAUUGCCUUACUUAUAUUAUCACCUUCAUAUUCAUUUUAGUUUCACACAAAAAAUUCUUUAUCUUCUUCAUGGCAUCCGCCGCCAUUACAUCUUUGCCUGGCCAGCAACCGCCCGCCGCCGGGGAUUUUCAACAACCUAGUAUUCCACAGGUUGUUUCAACUAGUAGCAAUAGUGCUCAUUCUUCAGGGUCUAUUGGCCCUUUCUUUGGAGUUAUUUCUGUUCUUGCAUUCCUUGCUAUUCUUUCUUGCGUUGUGGGUCGAAUAUGCUCCCGUCGAGCAGUGGCUCCUCUUGCUACCUUCAAUGGUAGAGGGUGUCUGAGGUGGGUGAAGCGGAGGAGGAGCCAGUGGUGCAGAGGUGGAGAUGCUGAAAUGGGAGCCAAUAAGGUGAUGGCUAUUGGUAAUCAAGAAAAGAAAGAUGGUAAUAAGGUUAAAGAGAGUGAUGAGGUUGAUCAGCAAUUACCACCUCAAGCUUGAUUGUUGUCGUUUGAUUUCUCUCAAAUUAUAUUAUAUAUUAAAUUUUCCUUUUAUGAUUUUUUUUCAAUUAGUUACGGAUUUUUCUUAUCAGCUCCGACUGAAAUUGGAUCGAGUUUUUUUUUUUUAAAAUGUAAAUAUUAGUUAUCAAUUAUCAACCGAUUAUCAUUAAUAGUUAUAAUAAUUAAUUAUGGAAAAGAAUUUUCAAUUUCUUAA